AGAAGGGCUCUCGGGCGGACCCGUCCCGACUCUCAGCUGCGGCGUGGGGACCAGAUGCCUGGACGACAAGCCUGCACGGUGCUCAGAGGGAGAUGACUUGAGCAGUCGCCUUUUAUCUCCACCACAAUGUCCAUGAACAAUUCCAAACAGCCAGUGUCUCCUGCAGCUGGGCUCCUUUCAAAUACAACGUGCCAGACGGAAAACCGGCUUUCAGUCUUCUUUUCAAUAAUCUUCAUGACGGUGGGGAUCUUAUCCAACAGCCUGGCCAUUGCUAUCCUCGUGAAGGCGUAUCAGAGAUUUAGACAGAAGUCCAAGGCAUCGUUUCUGCUCUUGGCUAGCGGCCUGGUAAUCACAGACUUCUUUGGCCACCUCAUCAAUGGGACCAUAGCAGUAUUUGUAUAUGCUUCUGAUAAAGACUGGAUCCGCUUUGAUCAGUCAAACAUCCUUUGCAGUAUUUUUGGUAUCUCCAUGGUAUUUUCUGGUCUGUGCCCACUUUUUCUAGGCAGUGUGAUGGCCAUUGAGCGAUGUAUUGGAGUCACCAAACCUAUAUUUCAUUCUACAAAAAUUACAUCCAAGCAUGUGAAGGUGAUGCUGAGUGGGGUGUGCCUGUUUGCCGUUUUCAUAGCUUUGCUUCCCAUCCUUGGGCAUCGAGACUAUCAAAUUCAAUCAUCAAGGACCUGGUGUUUCUACAAAACAGAACAUGUCCAAGACUGGGAAGACAGGUUUUAUCUUCUCCUUUUUUCUUUCCUGGGGCUCUUAUCCCUUGGCGUGUCAUUCCUGUGCAAUGCCAUUACAGGAAUUACACUUUUAAAAGUGAGAUUUAAAAGUCAGCAGCACAGACAAGGCAGGUCUCAUCAUUUCGAAAUGGUCAUCCAGCUCCUGGCUAUAAUGUGUGUCUCCUGCAUUUGCUGGAGUCCGUUUCUGCUGACAAUGGCCAACAUUGGAAUAAAUGGAAAUCAUUCUAGGGAGACCUGUGAAACAACACUUUUUGCUCUCCGAAUGGCAACAUGGAAUCAAAUCUUAGAUCCCUGGGUGUAUAUUCUUCUACGGAAGGCUGUCCUUAAGAAUCUCUACAAGCUUGCCAGACGCUGUUGCGGAGUGCAUGUCAUCAGCUUACAUGUUUGGGAGCUUAGCUCCAUUAAAAAUUCCUUAAAGGUUGCUGCGAUUUCUGAGUCACCAGUUGCAGAGAAAAUAAAUCAGCAAUCACCUAGUUUAAUAGGAUAGCAAGCCAAUGUAGGUCUAGGACAAAAUUAAGAAAAGUUUUGGCAAUGUUUCAGUUAUUUGGAUAAAUAUUUAAAGCCUAACUGGAAAAUUCAGGCCUCAGCAAGUAGUUUGGGGGGCACUUUUGUCAGACUCAGUUUUUGAAACUUGUACAAUUAACUGUUUAAUUGCACAUUUUCACUUUAUUUGUCAACUGCAGGUAAACAUGAUGAAAUAAUGCCAUGGGAGUUAAAUUGAAAACAAUUUUGGGCUUAUCUGUGUUAUUUUCUGUUUUUGGAAUGAGUGACUCUGUUGAGUCCUAAAAUAUUUAUUUGCCCUGUUUGCCAAAGAAUAUCUUAAAACUACCUGCAUGCUGAAAUGGCUAUUUGGGGGUCACUGCUCUGUAGCUGUUCCUUAUAGACCAGGCUCAAUGAAAUGGAGUGCCCUCAUUUUUCGAUCUGGUCUGCUUUACCCCUCAUUAUGAAACCUCGGUCAAUAUAUGUAUGGUCAUGUCACAUGGGAUUCCCUGUGGCUUAUUAUAAUGACCUCCAUAUACACCAGGUGUGGCUGUGAGGUUGCCCAAUCUUACGAGCCUUUUUAGAAUGAGCCUGACUUUGUCAUUUUUGACAAAUAUGACUUCUUGCAUUGUUGUGAAGGUCAAUUAUUGAUUGAAGGUUUUCUUGGUAAGUUAUAGAUUUGCAUAGUUUUCAAAUAAUCUCCUUUUCCUCUGAAAAUUCUAGAACACAGAAAUAAUCUUUAGAGAAACAAAGUCUCUAUCUUAGAACAUAUGGAGGCGAUUUGCAUUAUAGAGGUUCCUAAGAAGCUCUGCCAUGGGUAAUGCAAACAGAACCUAAACCCAGUGGUAGGUGCCAAAAACCUUGACAAAGGCACUUUACCUUGAAUCAUCACUUCUGUGUCAGAGAACAAAAGAAACACUAUAUAUAAAUAUACAAAGACUCUGUGCAGGUAAUGUGUUUCUGUCUGCAGGUAGUGUGUUUCUGCUUUCUACUUACACACACACACACACACACACGGAUGGACAUAAAAAAUUUCAGUUGAAAGUGGCUUUAUUAAAUCUGUAAGAUAGCAUCUUCUAAAGCCUGUGCCACCAGUGUUAAGGGGAGGAUUGGCAACUACCCAGGCAUUUGGAAAUCAUUACAAUGGUUAACCAAGAGAUCAAGGGGCAAUAAUCUUUCCCUAAAUUUCCCAUUAAUAAUUUAGAUUUUUCUUUGCUUGUUUGUAUAAUUCAACCCAAGGAGUUUUAGUAAUCAUUCAAAAUGUCCUGGGUCUAUCAGAGCAUAAGUAGGUAGUUCUGCUUUAUAAUAGUGAGUUGCAUUUCUGUAAAAGAGUUCAUUGCCUUCAUUAACUGGGGUCUGUUUUAAAAUUAAUCUUUCAUGUGAGACUGAUUUCACAUUCUCUAGGAAGUUUGUACAGUUCAACUAGACUUAAGUUAUAUCCACAAAUUUUUGCUUUUGAUUGGUAAUGUACAUUGGAAGUUGUCUACUUUUGUGAAUUUUGGAAAAUUCUCAUGAAUAAAUUAAAAGAAAUUAAGCAAAUUGCCUCAAUGAAGAUUUAAAGGCAACCAUUUUUUUUCAGUGAAUUUAAAGGGAAACACAUAUAUAACUGAUAUGUGAUAUUCUUAAUUUUCAACCAAUAAAUGAUUAAUCAUAGAAAUUUAGGUUAUUCUUAUUUACAGAGCACAUGGUAGAUACUCGAUAAAUACUUGCCAAAUUAAAUCACAAGAAUUUUUUGGUAUGAAAUGAGCAUGAAAUUGCAAAGAUUUUGUACAUUUUUUAAUUUAAAUUGCCAGUUACAUAUGGUUAUUGUGAUAUACGUGUGUGUGUGUAUGUGCAUAUAUAUUUGUGUAUGUAUAUAUAUCCAGUGUGUAUGCUUUAAAAAAAGCCAUUGCAAUGUAUGAUUGCUGUUAUAUUAUAUAAAUACUCUCUUGUGUUUCAAGAGGACUUAACGCCCAGAAGAACUCUGAGAUGGCUCAGAGGCGAUCCCUGCUCCUUACAGCUGCUUGAGCGCUGGUGUCCUGUGAUCUGAGGCACAGGGAGCCAAGCCUCCCGCCUUCUUCCUUAUGCGGGGAGGAUGCUGUCGCGAGCACGUCCCUGUACUGUGACCCGCUAGAGGUGCCAGGGAGCAACUCUCCUUCAGCGUUCCAGCCCUCUUCUCCUUGAGGCUCCUUCCACUCCAGUGGCAGAAUUGUUGCUCCGUUGCUGUGCUGUCACCCUGGCCAUUGUGUCUGUGUGGAGAAGCUGUUGGGACAUGACUGUAUGUGGGAGGGCAUGCAUGAGCAUGCAAGGUUUUGGGGAGUGACAGGGGACUCACUCUGUGCAUACCUGGAAGGAGGAUUAUCUUUUAUUCGAGCACAGGUUUAGGACAACUCAAUUGGUUUUAUGAUGAUGUUAAACCCAAGAAGUAGACAUCAAAAAUUGAAAAAAUGUUUAGUAAAAGAAUAUGCGUUUCUGUUGUUUUAGGCUUUCACCCAAGGAAAGUGAAAUGAACACAACCACAUGCAUAUGUGACUUCAGAAUUUUAUUCAUGUUAUACGUAUUUCAGUGUCGUUAGGCAAUUUAUUGUAUCGUGAAUAAGAGAGUGGCGCAUUCACCAAUCACUUUCAUAUAAAUGUUCAAAGUAAAAGUAUAUUUGUUCAGAUUACUGGAAAUAAAAGUACAAAUAGUGUUUAACAAGUUUACCAAUUUUGAGGUUUCAAGCUCUAUUUUAAAAUUCAUAAUUAGACCAGAGUAACUGAAUUUUCCUUGUCAUUGCGUAAAGUGGUAUCUAAGCAACUUCUCAUACUGUUUGUCAUCUUAUUUCAGGGGAAUUAUAUUAUUAUGGGCCAGUGACUUGAAAAUGCCAGGCUUUUCUUGAUGUUAAUGAUGUCUUAAAAAAAGACCAACAAAAUAAAAAAGAAACCCAACAGCAAAUGGGUUUUUACAAUUAUGAAUACAGAGGCAGAUAAUGCUGACCUGUAAUUAACCAUGGAUGUGUCCCCAAACAUCAGGCUUCUUACUGAUGGAUUUAACUAGGUAAUAGAGAUACGCUCUUUUAAAUUUUCCCCUAAAGGCAGAAACGUGCUUCUACUUACCUGUAUUACAGAAGUGAGAGAUACCUAAAAGUUCACACACACACACACACCCCUGUCUUAUGUAGCAGUCUUGUUUGCUCAUUUUCAGACUUAAAGAAAAACCUGCUUUAGUUGUGUGCCUAAUCUUAGAGCUUAAGUAAGAGCACUUGUUAAAUACGUAGAGUGAACUUUUUGUGAAACUUGUUGCUGGCUUCACCUGUAUUGCUAUCGUUGCCCCAAAUUAAAAAAGGUCGGAAUAUA